CGGACAAGAUCUGUCUGCAUCUGGAAAAAACGGCUGGAAAGGAAUACACUCUUGCUUCAAAUGCCUCAACCUUUCACAGAAGAAGUGCUGUAGCGAUUCGUGAACAAAGGCCAAAACCAAGCAUAACGAAGCAAUCAUGGGUCUUCAGAAACUCACUGGUCUCCACCCGUUACUAUGCAUCACCAUAAUCUUGACCACGUGGCACAGGAACUCAGGAUGCCGUACAGGAACAAGGCCAGAAUGUGGGGAAGCACCCUUUGUGCCUGGCUACAACCUGGCAGGAGAGGGCUUUGACGUGGUCCGUAUGCGCCGCAAAGGUGCCUAUGUGAUAAACGUUAAAUCCCACAUGGUGGACAAUCACACUUGUACAGUAUGCGAGAACCGCUUCCAGGGAGGCCAGGUGCAGAAACUGCCCUCAGCUGUGCUGGACUGGCGUCCCUUCAGCCGCUGCAACAAACAGCUUUCAAGCACUCUUCACCAUUCUAUUGACACCCUCAUCAAGAGUUCGACAUCGCUCAUCAACAAGAACUGGGCAAUGGACCUGAGCCUUGAUGAUCUGGGCAAGGUGAUCUUAGGAGGAAGCCAUUCAGAUAUAGCCAAGUUCGCUCAAUCACAGCACAUGAUGGACAAGGCGACCUUUGCCCUUCAUGACAUCAGCUGCAUAUAUUACAGUUACAGGGUAACGGAUCACCCAGAGCUGAGUGCUGAAUUCUCCAAGCACAUACUACGACUACCUAGACAUUAUGACGAGAAAACGAAAUCCCUGUACCGCAGGACUAUUGACACAUAUGGCACACACUAUAUCCGUCACGUCCACCUAGGGGGACGUGUGAGACGAGUCACAGCUUUUCGAACUUGCCUUGCAACCUUAAAGGGCCUCUCUGAGUCAGAGAUAAAGAAAUGCCUGAACUUUGAGUUAAAGAUGUCUCUAGGAUUUGUGCCUGCCAAUGCAUCCCUUUCUAACAAAUGCACAGAUAUCCUCAAGAAUAACAUGAACAUGGGUUUCUACCAGGGCUUUAUGACUCACAACAUUGAGGUCUUGGGUGGGGAAAAAUACUUUCCAGACCUCGUGCUCCAUCAAAGUCCAUCUGAGGCAUACACGAGCUGGAUGAAGAGCUUGUAUGAGAACCCAGAUGUCAUUUCAUAUGCUAUUUUUCCUCUCCAUCACCUGGUCACUGACCCAGAGCUGAAUGCCAAUCUGAGAAGGGCAGUGACUGAAUACAUUGAGGAGAACAUGCUUCCUGUGGAGAAGCAGAAUCAAGAUUGCACCCCCACACCAAACCUGGACCACAACUGCUGUCCUCUCAGAGCAGGGCGUGGCACCUUGAGAGUGGCAGUGCAGCGAGCUACAGGUCUAAACGCAGAUUUCUUCACUCAAACAGACGGCUAUGUGAAAGUAUGGUAUGAUAACAAGUAUGAAGAGACUGGAGUCGUGAUGGACAACAACAACCCAGAAUGGUACAUCAGUUAUAACUUUGGCUCGAUAGAGUUUGGCCACGAGUUAAUAUUUGAAGUGUGGGACAGCGACGUCUUUUACAAUGAUCUGGUUGGAAGAUGUGUGGUCUAUCCUGAAAGAGGGAUUCACUCAUACAGCUGUAGACUAAAGAAAGGAGUUUUUUACUUCAGCUACAGCACCAUGUGCGAUGCUCACCUGACUGGCCAUAAGUGUGGAAGAUACUCUCCAAAACCAUAAGUGCCUCUAUCAGUCACUUUCAUUAGUUUACACUGCUCUUGCUUCAAAAUAGAAAUAAUGGAGAUAUCUUGAACACAUUUCUGUAAAUCUGUCACAUGUUCCUAGAAUCUCUUGAGGGAGCUGAAAGUAUUUUUACUCGCAAUAUACAUUUUUUUUUUUUGUUUUCCCGCUAAUCAACACAGCUCUUCAAGAACCAAUGACUGAACACAGAAAGGCAAUACAUUAGUUUCAGUCUAUCAUCUACAUCUUUUUUUCUUUAAGGCACCAUGGCUACAUGAUCACUGCUUGUUUUGAGCAAUAUUUUUGAAUUGAUUCAGAAUUAAUUUUUAUUGCAUGUACUGCAUAUACACAGAAUUGUUACGUUUUACAGUAAUGCAUAACAGCAUAAAUUUAGACUUACCCCUUAGUCAAGGAAGCAACUCAUGAUUAAGGCUAUAAAAUGUCUUUAUUUCACAGGGACAGGUUUAUAUAAAUACAACAAGAACAUAUAUACAGUUCACCAAAAAGACAUAAGGAGGUGGCACAAAUCCCCAUGACCACUAAUGUGAAUCAUGGAUUUGGAUUCAGCCCGGGAGUCUUGUACUUUCAGCCUGAAUAUAGGAUAUGAAACAUGAGGUAAACAUUACAUUACAUUACAGCACCCAUACAAAUCAGUCCAUGGAGUUUUUCUGUGAAGUUUAGAGCGUCACAGCUGCUCUCGACAGGCCAUUUCAGCUUUUUCUUUCCCUCUAGAAGUUGUGCGUAAUUUAACACGGAUUCAAAGUAACAUAACAUUCCCAACAGAAAGCAGGUACCGGGUUGUUCGGUCUGCCCAUUAGUGGUCUUGCUCAUAUUUGUACUAACCACUGUCUUCAGAUGAGUGGAAUGAGAAUGAUGCACUGAGACAGGACAGUUAACACACUGGAAUUCUUAGCUGUAAAUGUGUCAAAGACCCAGCGAUACCUUUAGCAGCUCUGCCAUAUCCUCAGACAUGGUGCCCUCAUCUCCUGCAAGAAAGGAAAAAGGUAUAGAAUUGGAGCUGAAGCAGUGAAACGAGUAUAGCAAAUGUAAAAGUUGUGUAUGUGUUGACCUAUCGCUUAUCCUCACCUUCAUCAGUAGUCAUGUCUUGUUCAAGUUUGAGCUUUUCCUGUCCUACACGAAGCAUACAGGCCUCUAUGGAGUCUUUGCUAACCAGUUUAAUAACCCGUACAGUCCUGCAAGUACACCAUUAUAUUACCAACUCUUCAUUUGCUUAGGCAUUAUUGUGAUAAUGUAUUUUCAGUUUGGGAGGCAAGUGCCAAAAAAAGAGGACCCUCCAACAGCAAUGUCCCUUGCCACUAUUGUACAGGCUUGGCUUUUGUUAUCAAAACUUUUAUGAAAAAUCCUGUUUUGUGAAAUACAAUUCUCAUGACUCAACAUGUAAUCUGCCCGUUUCUAUACCCGAGUUUAGACAGCAGGGUCAAAUACACAACAUGUAACAUAAUUGAGAUGUUGUAAGAACCAAAGUAAAAUGAGAAAAUUAAAAUGUG